AUGCCAGUGAAGAUUGAUAACAGUAAAGAAGGCGAUGGUAAAACCUUUCCAAAAUCAGGACAAACCGUGACAUGCCACUAUGUCUUGACACUAGAAAAUGGAAAGGAAGUAGACAGUUCCCGUUCUCGUGGUAAGCCUUUCAAAUUUAAGAUUGGUUGUGGCGAAGUUAUCAAAGGGUGGGACGAAGGUGUUGCCAAAAUGUCUGUUGGUCAGCGCGCCAAGCUAACUGUUUCUCCUGAUCUUGGCUAUGGAAGUCAAGGUAUUCCGGGAGCUAUCCCACCAAACUCGACUUUAAUAUUUGAUGUUGAGCUUCUUGGUGUGGAGUAA